AAAGAAGCAGGUGUGUGCGCAUCUUCAUUGAAAACUAUACAUCUUUCUGCUUCCGAAUUGAUAGCUCAAUCAAGUUUCAUUAUGAAAGUAUUCAAUCGAACUUUCACCGUCCUCGCCCUCCUUUUAUUUGAAUUUAUCAUUAAAGAAUCGGUAGCGUCAUCAUUAAUUGAACAACCGUUUCUGACCUUCCACCCCAAUUCAUCCGAAAGCUCAAAGAAAGACAAGUUUUUGAUUCACAAAUGCUGCGGCCCAGAUCAAGUGUACAAUUUCAAUUGGGAAGAAGAUGUCGCUGAUCGUAAAGAUCGUUGUGUUAAAUAUUCCAUUACGAGUAGCCAUCCUUCACUUCAAACAAAUGCAAACUCGCAGCAAAUUUUCUUUGGAACAGAACAAACUAUACCACCCCAAUACGGCUUUGAAAAUGUCAUAAUCGACCCAGGGUUUCCACGGAACUGUACCCCUGAUCGUUACGGGAGCACGUUAAUCUUGCUAGAACCAGACACGAGGAUGGCAGACCUUUUCUAUCCAAUUGCAGCUGGGCAGCUUUUAGUGCCUCAUCGAUUUUGGGUCUUGCAUAACGACGAUCAUUGCAUAGAGGAUUUUUUCGUAGAUGGAAAUUUCGACAAGGCUAGAAGAGUUGCGUUUAUUUGCACAUCCCAUGCCCGUCCUUUUCCGACAACUGCUAUUGACAUCCAUGGAAAGUUACAACUAGAUUUCGUUGGAAUGAACGUUCAUGUAAAACUGUCAGAAAUGUCGGGACGGAAAGUCGUUCGCAAGUGCUGCGACCGGCACGAAGUUUACUCACGAAAUUUGGUUUGCAUAGAUAACAAGGCAGCUGCAACACAGUUCUUUGAUGAUCUUCAGCUGUCGGAAAGCAGUCAGCUAUUUUUUCGUUUCGGCUUGCCUAAUUGCGUUCAUCCUUACAAACAUCGACAACGAACCAUCGAAUUCCAAUUGACGUCUAACGGGAGUUUGGAAAUCCAGCCAAACAAUCAGCUAGUGUCCAUUGAACUCUAUUGCAUGGAAGACAUUGUCUACACCGACUCUACUGGUUUACCCAUAACAUCAAACCUGGCCAUAUUCUGCACUGAUAAAUUAGAAGUUUUACCUGAAGCAAAGGCGACUGUUACUAAGCCACCCCCUGAUACGGUUCACGAGGCUGGUCACUUCGAAGUGAACAGAACCAAAAUACCCAAGUGCUGUCCAGCUGGGCACAUAAUGAAUGACGAGGAGCACACCUGUCAACAAUUUAAUUUGGGAAACGCGGAAUUGAUUAUUUCGCACGCUCUUAAGAACCACGUCCAGCAGAAUUACAACAUUUCCAGCAUCUUAGUUUCAAAUUCUUCACUAUCGUGUCAGCACAGUAAAGCCAUUGCUUUGAAACCAAACCGCCAUACUUUAUUCGGGCAAUUGAUAUUUGAAUCCAAUAGGGAAAAUGAACUGUCCCUUUUGACGCAUUUUUACAUUGAAAACUAUUGGGACUUUAAAGUGAAGCAUCAGCCUUUCUGCCUGGAUCUUACGCUUCUCCGGAAUGAAAAGGAAGUUUUCUAUCAGCCUCAAGUUUUCCAUUGUACAUCGCAAUCACGCGUUUCGAUUCAUUAUCCAAUCCUUCUGUGUAUCUCGGCCGUGGGAUUAUUAACCACUUUUAUAAUCUAUUUUAUUGUCCCCACCUCAGGUUCGGCUAAGUUAGUUACGUCUGGUUUUGGAGGUGGAAGUAGAAGAACCAGAGUUCAAACCAUAGCCCAGAUGUUGACUGGAAGGAUUUUGCUCUGUCACAUCAUCACAUUGUGUCUGACAUUCACUUGUUUGGCAAUUGUUCAACUAGAGCUCGUACCACAAGGCCAAACCGCCUGCGUUUUUAUGGGUUUCACUAUUUAUUGGGCAUCGAUUGCUUCAUUUUCGUGGUUGACGGUGUACUGUUUCGAUUACUACCGUAUUUUUAGUGGGUCGUUCAAGGUAUCGAACGAAAUGCUGUUCAUUCCAUAUUCGGCAUUUGGUUGGGGUUUCCCUAUUUUGGCUGUCAGCAUUGCAACAGUCGCUCAAUUUCAGUCGACGCAGCUUGGAGUUUCCAGCAUUUUCAAUCCCAAUAUGGGUCUUUUGAAAUGCUGGUUUGCUGAUGGCACGUCGGCGUUGAUUUUCUUUUACAUUCCUGUUGGUUCCUUGUUAUUGUUUGACAUUGUCUGUUUUCUAACUUUACUUUUCAAUCCUAAUCUGAUGCAUUGCUGGAAAGAAAAACAAGGAUUGACAAUGCGUACUAAUCGAAACACAUCGAAAGGUUCAAAACAAGAACAAGACAUUAAAAUGGCAUUAAAACUUUUCUCAUCACCGGAAUUCCGUGGGUGUUUGAAUUUGCUGCUUGGCUUCCGUUCUAUCUGAGCAAGGAUUCUUUUUUGCGAGUUAACGCCGUUUAUUUCUUCGAGAUCAGCAAUCUACUCAACUCUUUACGUGGCAUCGUCAUCUUUGUCAUUUUUAUUGUGUUUAAUCGAGAUGUACGUCGCUUCUUAUGGCCCCGUAUCAGA